CUGAGGCGCAACAUUCCCCGCGCAUGCGCAGAUCAGUGUAGUCGACGUCCUGUCCGUGGGGAACGUCGGCUGAUAGUUCACGAAUGUUAAGCGAGAUCAUUAUCUAUUCUUUAUUUUGUAUUUAAUUGUGUAAAUGUGAAGAUGAUUCUUACAGUAAAGCCGCUUCAAGGGAAAGAGUGUAAUGUCCAGGUGACAGAAAAUGAAAAGGUAUCAACAGUGAAAGAGUUGGUAUCAGAGCGUUUAAACAUCCCUCCCAGUCAGCAGAGACUGCUGUAUAAAGGAAAAGCACUUGCAGAUGAACACCGGUUGAGCGAUUACUGCAUCGGCCCGGAGGCCAAGCUGAAUCUGGUGGUGCGUCCGGCGGGCGAGAGGAGCGGCGGCGCGGUGGGAAACAGCAGCGGUAGUCCUGAUAAAGCAGCCAGUGGUGUGUGGCAGUUAUUGUCAACUGUCCUGGCCAAACAUUUCAGCCCAGCCGAUGCAGCCAAAGUGCAGGAGCAACUUAUUAAGGAUUAUGAGCGCUCGCUCAGACAGCUGAGUCUGGAUGACAUUGAGCGUCUGGCCAGCCGUCUGCUGCAUCCAGAGACAGAAGGCAUGGAUACCUCAUACAUGGACUAAAACACACUAGACUGAUGGAAACAGUGGAAGAGCCACGGUCAGGGAGUGAGAUGUUUCAUGUGGACUUGAAGGGGCUUCUCUGAUCUACAAGAGGAAACCAGUGGUGCUUUUAGUGCAACUUUGUAAAUAUUGUGUGCAAAUUAUUGAGAGACAAUAAAAAGUGUUCUUGAUAAGCUUGAUCUUUUUUUUUUUUUUUUUUUAAUGUGGAAUUAACAGCCAGGCUUGGUUGUAAAUGCAACUUUAUUUUUUAUUUUUAUUUUUUUGGUUUUGGUGUCAUUCUUACAUUUGGCCAAAAUAAAAAUUAUGCCUACAUUUUUUUCCUUUUUGGCAUAUAAAAGUGAGGAGCUCUUGAGUUGAGUAUGGAUAUAUAUUAAUGAAUACAAGCAUAGCAUAUAAAUGUCCAAAGGCAAAUCAAAACACUGAGUUAAGCAUGACCUAACACCAUUAGUGUGCUUCUAACCUGAUUAAUUAAUACAUGACCUCUUCAUGAAACACACCGACAUGCUCAACAGCUAUAAAAACGCACAUGUUUUGUAAACCAUUAUAACUGGUGUGAGUGAAAUAUGUUACCGAGACAACUAAGUGGCUUAAAACAUUUUCAGAAGUACUUGCAGUCCAACUAAGACUAAAAUGAUUUCAGCUUUAAUGUUGAAGUCAACCUAGAAAAUCUAAGUACCCUUAUGUUCAAGGUAAUGCAGUUAUCACAUCCAUAUUAAAGGGGUUAUAUGAUGCGAUUUCAAUUUUUCCUUUCUCUUUGGAGUGUUACA